AUCAAUUCCAUAAUCAACAAAACGAAGUGGAAGAGCAGUCCACAACGGAAUAACAAAGGCGAGAAGAGCAGCAGCGGCUGACGGUGUGCUUUUCUGCGUUGGCCCCGGGGUUUUCCCCCAAUUCCGUGUAGUUCACUCUCGAGAAGAAUCGCGAGAAAAGUAAAAUCGAACCCGCAACCAUCCAGCUCCCUGCCGUCACCGUACACCGUUCGCAGUAGCUAGUCGAUACCAAGUGUCUCGGUCCGCCGCCUGUCCGGGGGAUCCACACGGGGAGCCUGUUCCGAUCCGGGCCAACAUAGCCCCACCGGGCGAGGGUACAGCAAUGUUUAGGCGGCGUGCGGCGAAAUCGGCCCCCAGCCACCAGCAGCGCUCCCGGUACCGGUUCCUGCCCGCCGUGGUGCUGCUGGUGCUCGCCCAAUGGUGCCUGCUGGAUGCGGUCGUUACGGCCGAAUCGACCGACAUCGAGCUCGAUGCGAAGGCAAACAAAAUCCAUCAGAUCGAUUCGCUCAAUCUGUUGCUUUACACCUUCCUGCUAACUUUGACGGUGCUAACGAUAUGGCUGUUCAAACAUCGGCGCGUCUCCUGGCUCCAUGAGACGGGGCUGGCCGUGAUUUACGGCCUCAUCGUGGGAGCCAUCAUCCGCUACGCCGGCACCACCACGCCAAUCAUACACGUUUCGGUGGAAGCGGAACCGGAUGCCAAGUUCAACCAGAGCCUCCCACCGGACACGCUGUGGCUCAAGUUUCCGGGCAAUCUUCCGCACGGUUCCGACCAGCCGGUAAAGGCGAACAAAACGUACACGUACAGCUUUCGGGGCGAGCUGGGCAAUGUGGAGGAGAACGAGAUCGACCUGAAAGCCACCUUUGACCCGGAAGUGUUCUUCAACAUCAUCCUGCCGCCGAUCAUUUUCCACGCCGGGUACAGCUUGAAGCGUAAAUACUUUUUCCGCAACCUUGGUGCUAUUUUAAUGUUUGCCAUCAUCGGCACCACACUGUCGGCGUUUUUGAUCGGUGCGCUGAUGUAUGGUUUCGUACAGCUGAUGCCGAAGCUCAAGUCGAGCUUCACCUUUCUGGAUACGCUUUACUUCGGGGCACUGAUUUCACCGACCGAUCCGCUUACGAUAUUGGCCAUCUUUAGCGAUAUGCAUGUGGACGUGAAUCUGUACGCGCUCGUGUUCGGCGAGAGUGUACUGAACGAUGCCGUUGCGAUCGUGCUAAGUGGCGCUAUCCAAAACUAUGGCGAACAUUACUCGAGCAACGGCGAGUUUGAAGGGCACGCGUUUCUCCGCUCGCUGGGCGAUUUCUUCAGCGUGUUUGCCUUCUCGCUGCUGAUCGGCGCCUCGAUGGGUUGCGUGACGGCAAUGAUGACCAAGUUCACGCGGAUACGAGACUUUCCGCUGCUCGAGUCGGCCCUGUUUGUGCUGAUGUCGUACAGUACGUUUUUAAUCGCGGAAGCGGCCGAGCUAACAGGAGUGGUCGCGGUACUGUUCUGCGGCAUCUGCCAAGCGCACUACACGUACAACAAUCUGUCCGAUGAUUCCCGUACGCGCACGAAGCAGAUAUUUGAGCUGCUUAACUUCCUGGCCGAAAACUUCAUCUUCUCGUACAUCGGCGUGUCCAUGUUCACCUUCCCGAAGCACCACUUUGAUCCGCUGUUUAUCUUUACCGGUUUUAUGUGUGCGGCUAUAGGGCGUGCUGUAAAUAUUUAUCCCCUUUCAGCCCUACUAAAUAUAGCUAGAAAGCCAAAGAUUUCGUGGAACUUCCAGCACAUGCUGUUCUUUGCCGGCCUACGAGGUGCCAUGUCCUUUGCACUGGCGAUUCGCAACACGGUCUCCGAUGCAAGGCAGGCAAUGUUAACGACCACGUCGCUCAUUGUCAUUACGACCGUGAUCAUCCAGGGUGGGGCAGCAAACUUUCUGCUCAACUGGUUAAAUAUUCCUGUUGGUGUUGAUGAUGAAACAGAAGUUCUACCCUACCAAGGCGUCCGAAGUGUGUACAAUUCUAUGGAGAACACAGCUGGGUCGAUCGACGUUGGUUUAAACCUUAGCCAACUGCAAGUUAAUAGGAGGGCAAGUUCUCUGGAUUUGGAAAAUCCGGACAGUGAGGGUGCCACCACACCGGGAGGCACAAGGAGAGGCCACGAAAAGGCCGUUUUAGCUCGGCUGUGGGGCAAUUUCGACUCAAGGUACAUGAAACCCCUGCUAACCCACUCCCGUCCAACAUUGCUCGAGACGCUACCCGUUUGCUUGAGCCCGCUGGCUCGUCUGCUUACCACCACCGAACAACUAACACAGGACGGGCCAACGCGUCGCUCGGACUCCGAUUCCGAUCUGUGCAUCGACGACGAUGAUCGUGCGUCGCGCGGCGGUCCCGCCGACGGUACCGGCCGAAGGAAUUCAAUCAAUCGCCGACAGCAACAUUCCGAUGCGGCACACGAAGCUAACGAUGCGAUCAACAUACUAAGUAGUUUGGGAUCUAAUUUUAUGUGAAAUAGUAAACCACCAUCCGGUUAUUUGGCUGGUAUUUGGCGUAUGUUUGCAAACAAAAUGGCGUUUUAUAUAUAUGGGGUUAUGCUUUUUGUUUAGCUAAUUUUCUUUUUUACUAUAUUUAGUUUUGUUUCGGUUGCAUGUUCUCUUUCUUUUUCUAAAUUGCAUUUUCAUUUCACUGUUUGCAACAACAUUUUAUACACUCUUAUCCUUUUGUUUCGUAUAUUAAUUGGCCUUGUAACGUUUAUUCUUACGAUUGUUUUUCUUUUGUUUCUUCCCAUUUUUACAUGACUCUUAUUUCGUCUCUUUUCGGUGCGUUCGUUGGUGUGCAGCAGAAACGUGCUGUUUAAGCUGAUUUUUGACCCUGUUCCCUAGUUUUCCCUCCCUCUCUCUCUCCCACCACCCCCACGAAUUGAUUUGCUCAACAGAUGUGUGAAUGCAGAUGUGAACUUCAAAAGUGAAACGAGCAAAACUCGAUCAAAAAACGUGUUAAUGUUUUGCCAUAGGGUUUUAUUGUGUUUUUUUCUUCUUUGGUAUUAUUUAGCAUAAUUUUAAGUUUACAAAAUUACACUAUCCUGUUAUUUAGUGUUUUAGAUUCGAUAGUUUUUUUUUUCAUUAUUGGGGUUUAUGGGUUUUUUUCUGGUUGAUUGUUUGGUCAGCGAGGAACGACAACAAUACAACGACCCUUCUGUUUAUAUUCUGUUAAAGUCUUUCAUCUAAAACAUUCAUUUAUUGUUUAACAAGGUUUUCCAGGUCAGUUUCGAAUGUACACAUCAUUAUUCACCACCUUCAAGAUGUUUUUCAACUGCUGUCAAAUUGUGUAUUUGCUUCAAAAUUAAAUAUCAGUUCUUAC